AUGGGCGGACUCAGAACUUUGAGUGCUCUACCGCAACGAAAGGUGGCCUCUUUUCUCAAUAAACGUGCACUGGACAGUAAACGACUCUCUGCCUUUCUCUACAACAUCUCCCUGUAUUUGCAAAGCAACGAUCCCCAGGAUCCGGCGUCAGAAGACUUCACACCGAACACGCUGGAUUCAGAAGAGGUGGAGAACGGGUCUCCGCCCAGAGCUACACUGGAACUGAGGGACCUCUUUGUUUCUUUGAGGGCCAGUCAGGACCUGGAGAGUCUCAUUGAACUUCUGCAGAGUAUCCUGGACCUGGUGACCAACCGCCAUCUGCUCAGGUGGAUUUUUCAGAGGGACAACUGGGAGGUUCUGGCUGGAUUGAUUGAAACUCUUACCCAGACUUUAUUCAGUGGGACUUACGCACAAGCCAAAGCCAGUAUUCAGGAGUUGAUCUGCUCCUUAAUCGGACAGAGAGAUUGCAGCAUUAACGUAGGGUGGCUUGAAAACCUAGGCAAGCUCCUCAACUGGAAAAACUGGAAAUCAGUGGUGAACUUCCAGCCAUACAGCCCACCUCCCAGCAAUGAACAAUUCCGACCGUGGAAUGAGCCUCCAGCCUCCAGGAGCGACAGGAAUCCUGCAAACGUGGUGGAGAACGUUGGCACUGUGCAGAGUCUUCUGCAGAUUCUCUCCAAACCCAGUGGUAGGAGAGGCGGUUCAGAGGGUGCACCCCUGCUGAAUCGAUCCCGGAACACCUGGGGGGGGGACGCCUUGUGGGGUGGGCUGCAAGAGCUGAGGCAGAAUAUUUUGCGCAAGGUUGGGACCUCCAUCUACACGAAUUUCAAGAGGAAGGUAUCACGAAUGACGGCCUCCCUGGUAAAUGAGGUUUCAUCUGCUAUUGGAAUCCCGCAAUCAGGUCAAAAUGGGAAGUGUUCUGCAGGGAACUUACGGCAACUCCUCGUAUGGGGCAUCAAGAACAAUAUCUCCUGGGACAUGUCCAUCCUGGGAUUCAGCUCCCCAGGGAUUUUGAAGGCGACUCCCUUCCUCUCCUGUCAGCGAGGGAACAAGGGGCCGAGAAAGCCGCGCCAAGUGUCCAGGAGGUCGGAGCAGGUGGCCGCAGCCGGCGGGGGCACCCGCUGGAACACCGGCAGUCUGGAAACCGUUUGCAAUGACUCCAGCCCCAGGCUUCCAGGGGUCUCCAACUUCACCAUCUACCUCUACUGUAACCUCUUCAACCGGAGCGGCGGCUACAGCCGGCCGCCGCCCGACCUGCGCUCCGCCUGCUCGGAUGCCGCCUGGUACCUGUCGGUGGCGGAGGAGGAUCUGUACUGGGCGCAACUCUGCGGAUUGUUCUACCCGUCCGAGUUCGCUUCCAGCGUCUGCAACGAAGGGUCCCUUCGGGGCGUUCAGGAUGGCGGCCGAGCCUGGCUUCUGCCCCUCUGUGCGGGGUUGCAGGGGGGUUCCCGGGAUGCCAACAUCUCCGCCGGACCUUGCCACCGGGAGCCCGGCGGCCACCCUGAAUAUUUGCGGCAGUGCGUGUCCCCAGGGUCUCUGCAGAAACUGUGCUCCAACCACAGCUGGUGGCGCGGCGGGAGCGGUCCGCAGUUCAUGGUUGACCUUUGCAGCCAGUUAAGCGGGCCGGGGGUGGACGCGAGUUGGCAGGGGUUUAAUCCGGCUUCUCUCGGCCACUUCUGCUCGCGAGUGAAGCUCCGGGAAGAUCUGACCGUGAACGGGACUUGGAUCGACCAGGUAUGCUCGUGGCUGUCCGGCGUCUCCUCGGGAGCGCAUGGUGGAGGUGCGGCCUGCGAACGGGUGUUUGAGUAUUGGGGCGCCCUGGACAACGCUGAAGACUGCAUUUUCGGGUUCGUCAAGCUCCUCUGCUCCAACGACACUGCUGAGGACGUCUGGUUCAAACUAGUCUGUGCAGCUUUGUUCCCUGCCCUGGAGAAGUCAAUUGACCUAUCCCGCGCCUGCACCCGUCCAUUUGAGAUGUCUAAUGUCACGGGUUGGGAUUUGCGCCAGUGCAUCCUUGCUAAUGCCGCAGUACACGUCCACAAUCUCUGCACUAACGGCACGUCCCGAGAACUGGGUGGCAGGGCUCGCCCGGGGACCAUCAGUAGCUUCUGCCGGCAGCUUCACCACGCGAGGAGGGCGCUGGGCACCGAGUUGGCCGGAGAUGAGCCCCUGGCCUGCGAUUACAGUUCAUGGUCUCUCGACAUGUUCUCGGAUGGCGACCUCGUUGAGAGGUGCCGAGAUCGGGACAUCGACGGCUUCAAGAAGGCCGUUUGCCUAAACUCCACGGUAUAUCAGUGGAUCUCACAGGAACAACGCUGGGUUGUAGAUUACUGCUCGGGCCCCGCUGCCCCGGGAAGGGAUGAGUGUUUGUCCCGGCUUUGGCUCGAUCUGCUCCCUGCGCCUUUGAGCAUCAACACGACUCAACUGUGUGAAAACCCGGCGGCCUUCCUGAAAGAUCUGCUGAACGAGUUCAACAAUUGCGAUGACCAAACCUUCGACUGGAUUUCAGGCGCCAACUACAUUCUCCGAGUCUUCCACCAGCUCCUGGGGCCUCCCGCGCUCGAUCACACCGAAGAGGAGGUCCAAGAGGUAUUGAGCGAAGCCAUUCUCCUUUCCAGCUUGUUGGACAACUCUUCUUUCUGGGUUGCCUUGAACCCCAAUGCGUCAGUCAGCAUCUUGCAGACCGUGGACAAUUUUCUGAAGGAGGAGACGGACGCAGCUCUCAAGAAGGAUCUUCUCAAUUGUUUCAGUCCAGUGCUCUGGGAUCUGUUACAGAGUGAGAACGAGUCACCAGCUCUGCGAGUUCUUUUUCAGGAGUACCUGCACAUGCCCCAGGAGAGUUUCCAGAGGCUGCUUAUGUCGGCCGAAAGUGACGCCGUCAAGAAACUGCUCUCCUACAUGCACAGGACGUGGCAUCGGUUUCAGGUGGGCACCGAGUGGGUUUCCCGGCGUGAUGAACCGGCUCUGGAAACUCUCACCGCUUCCUUUCUGCGCAAGUUUCCGCGGGUGACGCCCGACCUCUUCGUGGAUCUGUCGCAGUUCAUCCCUUUCAUGACCGUCUCCGAUAUCCAGGGAUUCCCGGUCUCGCUGCUCCUGAACGACAGCGUGCUGGCCGCCAUCCAGGAGCACAGUGUUGCAAUGAAAGCUGGUCAGAAGGCAGCCUUUGCCAGGAGGGUGCUGAGCACCUUCGGACAGGUGGGCUCCUGGCCCCCGCACCUCCUGAGGUCAGUCCGGGCCCUCCUCCCCUACCUGCCCACCGGUCAAUUCCAGCAGCUGACGGCCAGACAGCUGUCUUCGGUGAGCGACCUGCUGGGGAACAGCAGCCUGGAUCUGCCCCGGGCCAGACACGUACUCCGCACUGUCGUCAACUCCAACUGGAGCCUGUCCAGUGGCCAGCUCCAGAGGCUCGGUCGAUUGGUUUGCUUCGCCAGUCAGUCAGAUCUCCAGGUUCUGCUUGCUGCCCGGCCGCAGGCAGACGUGGUCUCUGGCACUCUCUUGGAUUGCAUCGGUGAUGGCAGCAUUGAUCCCGGCAGUGGGACUGCACACCUUUUGGUGACCCACCUGCGAGGUCAGAACGUGAGUGCACUAACCCACCAGGACUGGGCAGCUCUCGGUGGGAUCCUACCUGUUCUUGGCGUGGCUUUUCUCCGAAACCUGUCCGCUCACCAAAGGUUAGCCGUCAUCUCUGGACUUGGCUCCGCGUCAGUCACUACUGCCCAGGUGUCCGCAGACGUCCUCUGCCACCUUGGACAACUGCUGCCUGGCUUGAGUCUGUCUGCCCUGCAGCGCCUUCCAGCCGGAGUUUUGGCCAGGGCCUGCGCCUGCUUCCACCCUUUCCUGGUUCAGCUCUCUUCCGCCCAGAAAGCUGUGAUCCUGGACGCUCUCCGGAUGGCGGAAGGUGACGACAGGAGGCAGCUCAGCCGGUUUGGCUGUCUGAUUCCAUUCGUUCCUUUGAAGGACCUGAUCUUUGACCCUGAGGACUUUCUGAGAAAGGACAGUCUCCUUAGGGAGUGGAGGUGGUCGCUGCAGCAGGCCCAGUUUAUUUUCAAGAAACUUCGGGAUGUGUCCAACAUAACAACCAGUUCCCUUCUGUCUUUGGGGAAUGUGGCCAGAGGAGCAGAUUGCGAAGCUCUCCGGCUACAAGCCGCAGAUUCCGAUUUCUUGGCCGCUGUUGUGCUUCUCAGUCAGCUGCACGGUGGAAUCAGGCAGUCUCUGCGCAAGUGCAUUAUCAGGGAACUCAGACAGUGGCCCGGAAGAUUCCAGAACAACGUCCUGCUGAUGGGCCCUGAGGUCCUGGCUGAAUUACCUCUGAAGAUCCUGAACAGUCUUCCCAAUGAUUCAGUGAGGACCACCCUACAUCAAUUGACAAGACACCCCUUGCAUCUGCUGGACCUGCCGCCCCACAAACGCAGUUACUUGGCAGAGAGAGCCCUCCACCUCCUGGGAGUUGGAGCUGAGGAUGAAAUUUCAGGAGCGGUUCUGGACAGUCUGGGACCUCUUGUCGCCUUCAUUGAAGAAGAGAAGGUCAAACACAUCAACCAGCCCGCCCUGCUACUUCGCCUAGAUGAGGUCAAACAUUACUGCAUCCCUGAGCAAAAUUGGAAGUCAUUUGGUUGGCUGUUGACCAAACAGGAUGUGCUGGGGGAUACUUCAGGCUGGAAUGUGCAGCAGAUAGAAUACAUAGGUAGACUUGUCUUCACCCUUCCACCUGAGGAUAUACACAGGCUGCCAAAGGUGGUGCUGACCCCCGAGACGGUGGAGAUGGUGCUGAACAGCGAGCGCCACUGGGGGCUGAGCCUGGUGGGCAGGCUGUGCCAGGGGCAGCAGAGUUUCUCGGACCGCACCACCCUCCGCAGCAAGAAGCAGAGCCUGGCGGUGAACGCCGUCAAGAGCAUCAUGAAGAGGCGGAGAGAGGGCAUCCCUGACUGCAUUGACGUCAAAGCAACAUUCCCUGCUGCUUGGAGCACUGGCCAGCUCGCCGGGAUGACGGAUCGUGAGUUUGCUGACUGUUUGGAAGUUCUCACCAGCGACCCGGACCUGUCUGCAGAGCAGCGGAAGAUACUGGUGACCAAGGCCAAGAAUUUGUACGGGCCAGUGAGAUCAAUGAAACGCUGGCAGGUUCUGCAGCUGGGUAGGGCUGCCUCCCAGCUCAGCGGCCGAGACCUACAGUCCCUGGACCUGCUGGACCUGGGUAUUCUCUCAUUCCUGGGAGAGAUCGAUGAAUGGAGUGCAAAACAGCGGAGGAUCGCGUUUGGCAGCUUCCGGUCGCGGGCUGGAUGGCAAGUUACGGACCUCAAUGCCACGACACUGGUAGCCUUGGGCCAUUUCAUCUGUGGAAUGUCAGUCUCCGAGCUGGAAAGGAUCCGGCCCGAGGAAUUCAGUAAAGCGGUGUUGUUCAUUGGCAACUUGAAGCUGAGAUGUUCUGAAAGCCAGUUCGAAGCUCUGGCCAGACUGACCACUCACUCUGAGGCCUUUGGGCCAGUUAACAAGUGGGGGCCUGAAAUCUUCACUGAAAUUGGCUCCAUCGCAGCGGGUUUGGCCGACGUGGCCCUGUCGUCACUGAUUGAGCAGCAGAUCGAGGGGCUCACACCCACCGCCAUCGCCCUCAUUCCGCCCAACAAGUUCGCGGUGGUGUUCAGCGCCGACCAGCUGUCCUGCUUCAGCAGUGUCCAGGCCUCCGCUGUGACCAGUGGACAGUAUCAGAGGCUGAGCACUGAGCAGCGCCGCGUGAUUAGCAGCGCACAGUACGAUGGCGAGCUCCACCAGGAACAGCGGGGUAAGAACACUUCACCCUUAUCAGCCACAUUCAGAUUCGCUGUCCUCUAUCUGUGUCUCACAGUGACCUGUGCCUGAGAGUGAUUGUCUGCUGGAAUGGGUUACGCUGGAUUUGGAUUCUGAGUUUUUAAAAAUUUGUACCAAAUAGUGAAUUAAAGAAAAUGGGCUGGGAUCCUUCUGGUUGGUGAUUCUACUUCAGAAUAAUCUGAUGCAGCAAAUUAAAAUUCCAGCAUUUAAAUUAAUAUCCUGUUUAUUCUCAGCGGAUGUCAUUGGAAUGUGUUGUUUGUUCCUCAGAAGAAUUCCUGCUUGUGUUUCUAAUAUCUGGGGCCUGAUAACUCUCUUGGUUGCCGCUUUUGCAGCUGAUGGACUUGUGUGUGGGUGGGUGUGUGUGUGUGUGCGUGCGUGCGUGCAUGUGUGUGUGGGUGCAUGUGUGUGUGGUUGUGAGAGCGAGAACGAAAGUGAGAAUAUAUAUUGUGCUGCAAGUAUGUGAAAAGUUGUGCUCAUUUUUGGGAAUAUUUUAAUUGUUUUUCAAUAAAC